AUGGGCCCCCGGCUGCAUCGAGGGCACAACAAAGCCGUCGAAAGGGAUACUAUUAGUUAUAGUUCCAAUUGGUGCGGUGCAUCGCAGCACGCGCCCCCGGCGGAGAAAAUCACCAACGCGAUCGGUUACUUCACCGUGCCCGACUUGACGCUACGGCCAGGGAUUCCGGCGCCGCAGUUUGCCGCCGCGUGGGUUGGCAUCGACGGGGCGGAAUGCAACUCGACCCUAUUGCAAGCGGGAUUCACGACCGUUGUCAACUCUAACGGAGGACAGAGUGCCUCGGCCUGGUGGGAAUGGUACCCGGAGGCUGCCUAUAGCAUCGACGGCCUCAAGGUCAAGCCCGGCGAUUGGGUGUCGGUAAAUAUCACAGCGAGGGAUGAGACGAGCGGGACAGUGGUCAUCACCAACUCAGAGCAGGGCACCGCGGUCACCAUGGAAAUCAACAACGGACCGAAGCUGUGUCGUCGGGACGUUGAAUGGAUAGUGGAGGAUUUCUACCAAUCCGGGGAGCAGGUCGAGUUGGCGCACUUCUCGGACCUCUGGUUUGUCGACUCGGUGGCGACGACGGCGAGCGGCAAGCUUGUUGGUUUUGACGGGGCGGCCAUGGUGCAUCUUCAGAACGAAACGGGUCAAGUGCUCUGCUCAGCUGAGCGCUACGACAACACUAAUGUGGUCCUCGUCUCGCAUCUCUAG